UAGGUUGAUUAUAACAUCGUCAAGUUUCCGGUGUCACCUAUCCUCCGGUUAAAUAAAAAUUUAAUUUUAUCCAUUCUAAUCGCUCCUCGUACUUCGCAACACAACAACAACAACAACAACAACACUACAUAACAAACACCAAAACUCAUUGUAAUACUCACUGUAUCAUCAAUCUGCUCCAUGAAAUAAUAUCCGAAACAUCACAACACACGAACUAAUUAGUCCACGUCCAAGUGAAUUCGAAAUCAAGAUGAUUCGAUAACAAAUUAAUUACUAUCAUAAAUGUCAGAAGUUCUCAGAUAAUUGCCCACUGAAUGCAAUUCGAUACGGACACAUCUAAGUGAGUUAAUGAAUCAGUGACAACGAAACGUGAAUAGAUUAAUUGAAUUUGGAUUGUAACAAUUGGCCACUCGAUGAACAGUAACAAUGGCCACCAAGAUGCUGGUGAGAAAGCUGAAGGAGCUGCCAAGGGACAUAACUCUAAUGAAGUCCUAUGCAAAUUCUGGAGCUUGCCCGGUGGAGCAUAGAAAUCAGACAGGCGAAUUAGGGUGAAAGCAGGCAACACCGUACGAGAACAUCCCCAGACCUAAAUCACUGUCGAUUAUUGGAAACAUUAUGAAAUUCAUGUCAUUCAUUGGUGAAUAUGCAAAUCUAUCUUCGUCCGACCAAAUGUUGGCGCUCCAGAGGGAGUAUUGGAAUAUCGUAAUAUUCGAGGACAUACCUGGCCGACGUCCUGCCGUGAUUUUAUUCAAUGCCGAGGACUGAGACAAUGUAUCGACUAGGCCACCAACCGAUGCAAUUCAAACAAUGGUCAGUUAUCGUCACAGAAAUUCCCAUCUUUACACAGGCAAAUAUGGACUAGUAACGAGUCAAGGUGAGGCUUGGCACAACUUUAGCAAGAAUGUGAACCAGCAUAUGAUGUCACCGAGGAGCAUCAAACCCCACGUGGUGCAAGUCGACGAAGUUGCCAGUGACUUUAUCGCGAGAAUACGGAAACUCUGAGAUGUAAAAACUUUGAAACUGCCUACCACGUUCAACAACGAGAUGAAUAAGUGGGCUCUCGAGUCUAGUUGUACGAUUACCCUGGAUCACGUCCGGGGCUCUCUAGAAAACAAUCUCCUUCCGGGCUCCCGCGUCCAAAGAAUGAUAAAUUAAUUCAUAAAAUUUGACUUAGUUUAUCAACUGGAAAUCCUUCCUUCCCUGCGGCGCCCCUACGAUACAGAACACAGACAAUUAUUCGGCACACUGAAUUUGAUAAAUGAAAUUGCCUGCAAACACAUUGACGAAGCGCAAAUAAGAUUUUUCGAAUCACCAAAGGGACCGGAUGAGCAGAGCGUACUGGAGAGUCUAUUGAGCCUUGAUGAACAAACGGCAUACAUAAUGGCACUUGAUAUGUUGAUUGCUGGAAUCGAUACGCCUGGCAAUGUAACAGGUACAGCGCUCCACCAAGCAGUAAAUCGUCGCGUGCAGGAAAAGUUAUGAAAUGAGGUGGAAAAUUUGUUGCCGGAGAGAAUAUCACAGGUGACAUGUGAAAUUUUGAAUAAAAUACCUUACCUUAAAGCGUACAUCAAAGAAUCACUGCGAUUAGUUCCAAUCGCGAUUGGCGAUCACCGAACGAUGCAGAACGACGUUGUCAUCGGUCGAUACCAAAUUCCAAAAGGGUGUGAUUUAAUAGCCUCUCAUAGUGUACUAGCUGUUAGCCCAGAACACUUCUCUCAACCCCGUGAAUUUAUACCCGAGAGGUGGUUGAGGGAGAACACAUUGGCCACGAUAAAAUCGGCUAAAGAGGCACAUCCAUUCGCAUACAUGCCUUUCGGCUUUGAACCUCGGGCAUGUAUUGGCAGACGAUUUGCGGAAAUUGAAACGUUCGUAGAGAGAAUUUUGAGAAAUUUUCGCUUAAAACGGCCGAAUCCACCGAUUCAGAUAAAUAGUAGAUUUAUCAAUACUGUUAGUUCAACUAGAUUAAUCUUCAUUAAUUACCAGGUGAAAAUUUCGCCCAUUGCCCGUGGAUGUCAAUUAAGUUCAGAUCCAAUACUGCUCAAAAUUCCUUGACAUGAUUUGCGAAUCGAGCGGAGCUGAGGGUGGAAAAAAUAGGCACUACAAAUAGAGCUUUCAGCUGAAAAACGCCGACGUUUGACCGAUCCUCCCCCGUAUUACAGCACCGUAAUUGCAAUGUGAACUGAAUCAUGUGAUGGUCAAUAAAUUAUUCAUGUUAUGGGGAAAAUAGACAGGAGACUCGCAGUAUAAUUUCGAUUUGUCCCCCGUGCAAUCGGGAAGAUGAUUUUCAUUUUAUUAUUUCUCAUCUUCCCAUGCGAUACUUCUGUUUUCUAUUCUUAUCCUUAGUCCGAGUGGUAGUUCUCCUGAAACUCUCAAGCUUUUUAGCGAAUAUUCGACUUCCUAUUAAACCCACAAAAAAUUAAUGAUAGAGAACGGAAUAUUCUGCUCCGCAAGGAAAACGAAGGCAUUUAUCUGGGGAUAAGGCUCACUCAUCCCAUUGUCUGACUAAAUACCCGCGAUUUCACUGCUUUCCGCAGUUUCACGUUUUUCCCAGCACCCGGAGCGAAAUUAUUUUACUGACGUAGAGAAAUAUUCGAUAAAAAAUACCAGAAAAAUAUCAAAAUUACGUAUCCAGUGCUAUCAUUUUUCACAUCCGGUUGAUUGUAAUUUUCUUCCAGUACUCGCGCCAUAAUUUCUAGGAAAUUUCUCUCUCUAUAUCCACGUACACAAAUUAGAGAUGAACAACUAUAACGAGCGGAAAAAUCUCGUGAUCUAAUUGGUCAAGGGUGCGUCUCCGUAUAUCACCCAAAGCUCCAAUGGAUUUAUCCCCUCU